AGCCAAGCCCUCGUUGGUACCGGUCACGAACUGAGCUUGAAUCAUGUUGUGCUGUUGGCGGGUAGUGGGCAAGCGUCUCGUAAACCUGCAAAUCAGCGAGCAACUGGCACGCACAACUACAGCCCCCGAGGCAACACAACCGGCCGAUUUUUGUAA